CAAGCCAGUAUGCUAAAAUUAGUAAAAUAGCUUCUAUGUAAAGAAGUUUACAAGCUAUAGGUGUGAAUCGCAUAUAUGAAAUAUUGAAAUUUCCAUUUGAGACUGAAAUCUUCCUCCUCGCAAGGCUACAUGUUUUGAAUCUUCCUUAAACACUUAUAUAAAAGCCCUGAAAUUUGAGGUAGUUGGAAGCCGUCGCCGAAUCGUGAUGCCCGCCACCUGUUCGACGAAAUGCUCAAAUUGAUGGUCGUUAGAAUGCGUCCUCGAAUAUCGGUUUAUUAACUGCUUUGCCAAUGGAGAACUUGCUUUGGUCCAUAAGAGCACAUGUUAUCUCCCCAACUCGUAUUGGAAUCUUUCCCGGAGUUGAGAAAUCCAGUACAAGUGGUAGUGGAGUAACUUCUUCUUGUUCAUCUUCCAGUACAUUGUUAGUAUGGAACAGAGGGAAUAGAAGAGGAGAGAGAAUUGCUUUGAAAGCACAAUUUAAUUCUACCAGAAUUUAUAGUAGAAGACUUCCCAAGAACCUUCGUUAUCCGCGGCGGCCCAAGCUCCCGCCGGAGUUUGAUGUUGGGUUUCACACUGUCUUUGAGAACGACCACCGGUCCCCUCCGGAACCAAUUUCAGGUGAGACUUGUUCUGAUAAGAUUGCAGCCGAUGACAAUUCUCAAGAAAACCCAACUGAAAAUGAUGACGAUGAGCUAAAAGAGGUGGGAGAAGAACAAGAAGGAAAUGAAGUGCUAGUCUAUAAUGAUGGAAUUGAAUGGGAACCCGAAGAGAUUGAAGCAAUUUCAUCUCUUUUCAAAGGGAGGAUUCCUCAGAAGCCCGGAAAUUUGAAUAGGAAAAGGCCUCUCCCUCUUCCUCUCCCUCACAAGCUUCGACCUCUUGGACUUCCCACACCAAAGAGAUUCACUGCAACAAAUGAUGUUUCUUUUGCAAGAAAAUCCACAUCCAAGCGGCUAUACAAGGAGCCAAGUUUCUUGCUUGGAUUGGCUAAAGAAAUUAAAGGUCUUUCACCGGAGGAGCCUGUAUCUACAGUUCUUAGCAAGUGGGCUCCAUUUCUUCGAAAAGGUUCCUUGUCACUGACCAUCCGCGAGUUGGGUCAUUUUGGUGUUCCCUCUCGAGCUCUGCAGACAUUCUGUUGGGCACAGAAGCAUCCCCAUUUGUUCCCAGAUGACCGGAUUCUUGCCUCGACUAUUGAGGUCUUGGCAAGGUCACAUGAGCUGAAAGUUUCAUUUGAUUUGGAUAAGUUCAUCAGCUUGUCGAGCCGAAGUGUGUUUGAGGCAAUGCUGAGGGGGUGCAUUAAAGGAGGAAGCUUGAAACUUGCAUUGAAGCUUCUCUCAGCUGCAAAGGAUGCUAAAGGAAUGGUGGAUGCUGGGUUGUAUGCUAAGAUGAUAUUGAAAUUUGGGAAGAAUUCUGAUAAAGACACAAUUGUACUUCAGUUGCUAGAGGAGCUUGCAGAAAGAGAUGAUCUUGAUUUGACACAGCAAGACUGCACAGCUAUCAUGAAAGUGUGUACGCGAUUGAGGAAAUUUGAAUUGGUGGAGGGAUUAUAUGACUGGUACAAGAUGUCUGGGCGUGAUCCGGCUGUAGUCAUGUACACUACUCUGAUUCACAGUCGUUACAUGGCAAAUAGAUACCGGGAGGCUUUGACUGUUGUCUGGGAAAUGGAAGCUGCAAAUUGCCUUUUUGAUCUUCCAGCUUAUAGUGUAGUAAUAAAGCUCUUUGUGGCUCUGAAUGAUAUCUCAAGGGCUGCACGCUAUUUCUCUAAACUUAAGGAGGCUGGUUUUUCUCCAACUUUUGACAUAUACCGGGACUUGAUGAAGAUUUAUAGUUCUUCUGGGCGGCUAGCUAAGUGUCAGGAGAUCUCCAGGGAGGCAGAGAUGGCUGGGUACAAGUGGAACUACGAGAUGAGUAUUAAGCAGAUAAGUUGAAUUUGGUUGCUUAGUGUUUGUUUCUAUUUCGUUUCCCUUAGACCAGGUUGCUUAGUGUUCAUUGCGUGUUUUUCAUGUAUCUAUGUGUUGCUUUUAGCUUCCUUUCAGCAACCAAAGAGCAAACUUUCCUUUGUCAGAGUAACAAAAUAACCUGUUUGAUAA